AUGCAGCAUCCCAAACCAUUCUAUGCACCUUCUGCUCCCCAAGAAGGGUUCAGCCCCAAGGGCCUGGACAGUGCUGAGGGGCCAGGCAGCCAGCCAGCCGACUGCACUGAGGACCCACUGCCUCUGCCCGCAGGUUCCUCCAACCUGUACCAUCCCCCAAACCAGAAGGAGGCGUUUGCAGCUCCCCCAGCAGGUUUCCAGAUGGCCCCGUGCGGCUGCUUCUUUGAUCCCCGCAUCUACCGCAUCGAGUGGGCCCCCUCUGACUUUGGCCAGUCAUCCGUGUACAAGCUGGUGCCAGUGGGCAAUGGGUGCCCAGCUGGGGCCCCCGCCUCCCCAGGCGCCUACCUCCUGGAGCCCCCGCAAUACCUCAAGGCCCCAGGACCCCCUGUGCCAUCCCCGUACCCCCAUUACCAGCAGGUGUCCGGAGCACCCCAGUACUUCAUGCCCUACCUCCCACCUGAUGGGCCAGGCCCUGAGGCCCUGGGUUUCGUGGGUGAUGGGGGACCCCCGGCCUUCAUGGAGGUGGCCCCUCCGCCACCACCCAAGGACAAGCUGCCCUCCCUGCUCAUCACACUACCUGCCGAGUCCCUGCUGCCACCCAGCACCUAUGGCCAUCUCAAAGGCCGCCUCAGCCAGCUCCACGGGCCACCCGAGCCCCCGGCCUUCCCCACCAAGGAGCCCCCAGCCACAGAGCCCCCAGCCGGGCCGGGCCCACCGCCGCCCGGAGCGCCUGCAGGGAGCCCUGUCCUGGCCGCAGGCGAGGCCCCGGCAGCCGAGGAGCCCCGCGCCUUCGCGCUGCCCGACAAGGUGCUGCUGGAGGACGCCAUGAAGCUGUUCGACUGCCUGCCCGGUGGCGCCGAGCCCGAGGGUCCCCAGGGGGUGGCCAGCUUGCCCGACAGCGGGGGCGGCGGGGACGACUCCAGCGACAUCCGCUCGCUGCACCUGCCGGACGAGCUGCUGUCCUUUGACUACAGCGUGCCCGAGAUCCUGGACACCGUGUCCAACGUGGACUACUUCUUCAACUUCAAGGCCCUGGACGAGGAGCCACCCCCGCCGCGCCCGGGGCCCCCGGCCCCUGAGCCCCUGGCUCCCGGGCCUCGGCCGGACCUGCAGGGCAGCAGCAAGAAGAAGCCAGCCAAGAAGGGCAGGCUGGGCACCAAGGGCAGGCAGGCUGCGGGCACAACCGCCACCCCACUCCCCGGGGGGCCCCCAUUAAAGCAGAUUUGA